AUGCCAGACUUCAUUACUCCAGGGCUUAAUCCCUUGGAGAUUCCAGAGAUUAUUGCCAUAGUCGGACAACAGAUUCCACUCUGUCAAAAAAGAGCCUACUCCGACCCUUUCAACCUGACCACCAUCAGCACUACGGCCGUCUUUAUGCCCAAAGAUCUUUUGGCUUGUACAGCUGUCUCCCGUACAUGGAGGCGCAUUUUACUUCCAAUCCUCUGGGGAUCAUACGAUGGCGCAUUGAUGCGAUAUGUGUCGCCCGAGGUGCUGCAAGCCAACAGCGUCUUCUUUCGGUCAUUCAGAGAUCAGUUUAGGCAUUAUCACCCGGGUCCAUUUUUUGCCACUAAUUUGCGUCAGCUCAUCAUUUCACAACAGCAUAAAUGGGCUGUUCCUUUCAUGUUUGCCAACCCGGGAUUGCAUCAUCUAACUUGGACUGGGUUCGGACAUCCUCUCCUGGAUAAUGAAUUCAGUGCGCUCACCUCACUAGCCAAUCUUCGAGACCUGUGCCUCUCAAACUGGAAUAUCAGUGGCCGCCAACUCGCUUUGAUCCUCAAUGCCAGUCCAAGGCUGCUACGACUGAGUCUAAGCUUUGUUGAUGGCGUACAAGAUCUGGACGGUAUGCUGAUCCUGUUUGCGUUGGAGGAGAUCAGUCUGGGCUUUAUUCCGGAAAAAAGCCAGGGCCUAUUUGAGCUUGUCCGAUACUGUCCUGGUUUGAAGCGAAUAUCUUUUUUGAGUACAUGGAUCCCGGAGCAAGCACGGGAUCUCGUAGCGCUCAGCUCAAGGAUUAGAUGUUGCUGCCCGGAUGUAUGUUCCAUCCAAUUCUCAGCAGCAUACUGCUUCGGAUCUAACAGUUUCAACACACUUAAAGACUUUGAAUACGCGGCUUUGGUUCAAAGUACCGAUCAUUUGGAGCGUUUUGCUGCAGAAUUAUAUUGCCUCGACCACAUGUUGACAACAUCGUUGCUUGGUCAGUUUGAGUUUUUGGCUGCAGUUGACUUGUGCAUUCGUCGAGAUGGAAAGGCAAGCGCAGAUUCACUACAGUUUAUGGAUAUCUGCAACUCUGCCAGAAUUCUGAGUACCUGUAGUCAUCUCAGAGUAUUCCGACUAUCUAGUGCUGAGAAUAUGAUUGAUAUGAAUGCGGCACUUGAGCUCUUUGCUUCCCCAUGGGUGUGCCUCGGGCUGGAAGUGCUUUCAUUAGGCCAAAUCUCAUUUCCACCAUUAGCGAAGCACCAACAGGACAGUAGGAAAUCGACCAAAUCAUCAUUCACGUUUAGAGACUACGGAUGGUAUGUACAGCCCAAGACAAACACUUCAUUCGCUUCAGCCGUAAGCCCCAAAGCGACGACAGCAGGGGUAGUGGCUUCAGCUCAUGGAGUUGGCCCUUCAGUACCAGUUACUCCAUUUCAAAGCACCAUGGGCGAUGAGCUUUGGCAUUUUGGAUCUGAGUUUAGGCAGAAGCUUCUCCCACAAGUAAGCCUACUCACCCUUCUCAGAGAACUUUGUUUGAACAAGGUUCAUUACGCAAGGGCCUCAAUCGUCUAA